AUGUCCAACCUUCGACCAGCCGGAAUUAGAGAAUCUUAUGUAAGGGAUAAAACUACAUCUUAUGUAGGGGAUAAAACUACAUCUUAUGUAGGGGAGACAACUACAUCUUAUGUAGGGGAUAAAACUACAUCUUAUGUAGGGGAGAAAACUACAUCUUAUGUAGGGGAUAAAACUACAUCUUAUGUAAGGGAUAAAACUACAUCUUAUGUAGGGGAUAAAACUACAUCUUAUGUAGGGGAUAAAACUACAUCUUAUGUAGGGGAUAAAACUACAUCUUAUGUAAGGGAUAAAACUACAUCUUAUGUAGGGGAGAAAACUACAUCUUAUGUAGGGGAUAAAACUACAUCUUAUGUAGGGGAUAAAACUACAUCUUAUGUAGGGGAUAAAACUACAUCUUAUGUAGGGGAUAAAACUACAUCUUAUGUAGGGGAUAAAACUACAUCUUAUGUAGGGGAGAAAACUACAUCUUAUGUAGGGGAGAAAACUACAUCUUAUGUAGGGGAUAAAACUACAUCUUAUGUAAGGGAUAAAACUACAUCUUAUGUAGGGGAUAAAACUACAUCUUAUGUAGGGGAUAAAACUACAUCUUAUGUAGGGGAUAAAACUACAUCUUAUGUAGGGGAUAAAACUACAUCUUAUGUAGGGGAUAAAACUACAUCUUAUGUAGGGGAUAAAACUACAUCUUAUGUAGGGGAGAAAACUACAUCUUAUGUAGGGGAUAAAACUACAUCUUAUGUAGGGGAGAAAACUACAUCUUAUGUAAGGGAUAAAACUACAUCUUAUGUAGGGGAGAAAACUACAUCUUAUGUAGGGGAGAAAACUACAUCUUAUGUAGGGGAUAAAACUACAUCUUAUGUAGGGGAUAAAACUACAUCUUAUGUAGGGGAUAAAACUACAUCUUAUGUAGGGGAGAAAACUACAUCUUAUGUAGGGGAUAAAACUACAUUUUAUGUAGGGGAUAAAACUACAUCUUAUGUAGGGGGUAAAACUACAUCUUAUGUAGGGGGUAAAACUACAUCUUAUGUAGGGGAUAAAACUACAUCUUAUGUAGGGGAGAAAACUACAUCUUAUGUAGGGGAGAAAACUACAUCUUAUGUAGGGGAGAAAACUACAUCUUAUGUAGGGGAUAAAACUACAUCUUAUGUAGGGGAGAAAACUACAUCUUAUGUAGGGGAGAAAACUACAUCUUAUGUAGGGGAUAAAACGACAUCUUAUGUAGGGGAGAAAACUACAUCUUAUGUAAGGGAUAAAACUACAUCUUAUGUAGGGGAUAAAACUACAUCUUAUGUAGGGGAGAAAACUACAUCUUAUGUAGGGGAUAAAACUACAUCUUAUGUAGGGGAGAAAACUACAUCUUAUGUAGGGGAUAAAACUACAUCUUAUGUAGGGGAUAAAACUACAUCUUAUGUAGAGGAUAAAACUACAUCUUAUGUAGGGGAGAAAACUACAUCUUAUGUAAGGGAGAAAACUACAUCUUAUGUAGGGGAGAAAACUACAUUUUAUGUAAGGGAGAAGUGA